AUGGCGCAAGCCGCCAAACAGCUCCGCAAGGCCAAGGACCUAGCGGAAGCUUCGGCACAGGAGCAAAGGGAUAAAGAGGAGGAGAAGCUUAAGAGGAGGAACCGAUCGAGGGAUCGCAGGCGUAAGGCAGAUGCUGCGACCAGUUUUUUGCGCGCUGCUCGCUCAGGUAACCUGGACAAAGCUUUGGAGCAUAUCAAAAAUGGAAUCGACAUUAACACAGCCAAUCAGAAUGGACUUAACGGGUUACACCUGGCCUCAAAGGAAGGUCACGUCAAGAUGGUUCUGGAAUUGUUACAUAACGGCAUUGAUCUGGAGACCACUACGAAGAAAGGGAAUACCGCUUUGCAUAUCGCUGCACUGGCUGGACAGGAGAAAGUGGUUGCCGAGCUUGUUCACUAUGGUGCCAACGUUAACGCCCAGUCACAGAAAGGCUUCAGUCCACUCUACAUGGCCGCACAAGAAAACCAUUUGGAGGUGGUGAAAUUUCUCCUCGAGAAUGGAGCCAAUCAGAGCCUCUCAACUGAAGACGGCUUCACCCCGUUGGCCGUGGCGCUGCAGCAGGGCCACGAGAACGUCGUUGCCCUUCUCAUCAACUACGGCACAAAGGGCAAAGUCCGUCUGCCCGCACUGCACAUCGCCGCCAGAAACGACGACACACGCACAGCCGCUGUACUGCUUCAGAACGAUCCCAACCCAGACGUCCUGAGCAAGACUGGUUUCACUCCGCUCCACAUUGCAGCACAUUAUGAGAAUCUGAGUGUUGCCCAGCUGCUGUUAAACCGGGGAGCCAACGUGAACUUUACCCCAAAGAAUGGCAUCACUCCACUGCACAUCGCGUCCAGGAGGGGGAAUGUGAUCAUGGUGCGGCUGCUUUUGGACAGGGGAGCUCAAAUAGACGCCAGAACCAAGGAUGAGCUCACUCCUCUACACUGUGCUGCCAGGAACGGUCACGUUCGCAUCGUUGAGAUACUGUUGGACCAAGGAGCUCCUAUCCAAGCUAAGACCAAGAAUGGCUUGUCUCCCAUUCACAUGGCCGCCCAGGGUGACCACAUGGACUGCGUGCGACAGCUCUUACAGUACAACGCCGACAUCGAUGACAUCACGCUGGACCACCUGACCCCGCUUCACGUGGCGGCGCACUGCGGCCACCACCGCAUGGCUAAAGUGCUUCUGGACAAGGGAGCCAAAGCCAACGCCCGCGCUCUGAACGGGUUCACUCCUCUGCACAUAGCCUGUAAAAAGAACCACAUGCGGUCCAUGGAUCUCCUGCUGAAACACUCGGCGUCCCUGGAGGCUGUCACUGAGUCUGGUCUAACGCCCCUCCAUGUGGCCGCAUUCAUGGGGCAUCUGAACAUAGUAAAGAGUCUGAUUCAGAGGGGGGCCUCUCCCAAUGCAUCCAACGUGAAAGUGGAGACGCCCUUACACAUGGCCUCCAGGGCAGGGCACUGUGAGGUGGCUCAGUUCCUGUUGCAGAAUGCAGCACAGGUGGACGCGAAGGCUAAGGACGACCAGACACCCCUGCACUGUGCGGCUCGUAUGGGCCAUAAGGAGUUGGUGAAGCUGCUGUUGGAGCACAAGGCUAACCCUGACUCAGCCACCACGGCUGGCCACACCCCUCUGCACAUAGCUGCCCGGGAAGGCCACGUCCAAACCACCCGCAUCCUCCUCGAUGGCAAUGCCCAACAGACCAAGAUGACCAAGAAAGGGUUUACUCCUCUUCAUGUAGCAUGUAAAUAUGGGAAGGUGGAUGUGGCGGAACUGUUGCUGGAGAGAGGAGCCAAUCCCAAUGCAGCUGGGAAGAAUGGACUCACUCCACUCCAUGUGGCUGUUCAUCACAACAACCUGGAUGUGGUCAAGCUACUGGUCAGCAAAGGUGGCUCUCCACACAGUACUGCCAGGAAUGGGUACACUCCCUUACACAUAGCAGCCAAGCAGAACCAACUGGAGGUAGCCAGCAGCCUGCUUCAGUACGGAGCCAAUGCCAACGCUGAGUCCCUGCAGGGAAUCACCCCCCUUCACCUGGCCUCUCAGGAGGGCCGGCCUGACAUGGUGGCCCUGCUCAUCUCCAAACAGGCCAACGUCAACCUGGGGAACAAGAAUGGACUGACUCCUCUGCACUUGGUGGCACAGGAGGGCCACGUGGGCAUUGCGGACAUGCUGGUCAAACAGGGAGCAUCAGUCUACGCUGCCUCACGGAUGGGCUAUACACCUCUACAUGUAGCAUGUCACUAUGGCAACAUCAAGAUGGUGAAGUUCCUCCUGCAGCAGCAAGCUCACGUUAACAGUAAGACCAGGGUCGGGUACACGCCGUUGCACCAGGCAGCCCAGCAGGGUCACACGGAUAUCGUUACGCUGUUACUGAAACACGGAGCUCAGCCUAAUGAGAUCACCACGAAUGGAACCUCACCUCUGGGCAUUGCGAAGCGAUUGGGGUACAUCUCCGUCAUUGAUGUGCUUAAGCUGGUCACUGAGGAAUCCGUCUCCAUGAUCACCACAGAAAAGCACCGGAUGAGUUUUCCGGAGACGGUGGAUGAGAUUUUGGACGUCUCCGAGGACGAAGGAGUUGCGCAGCUUACCUUAGGUGAUGAACUCCUGGGGAUGGACGGCGCUCGCUAUCUUAAACUGGACGAUCUGAAGGACCAGGAUGAAGACUUCCUGUCACCUAAGAAAACUCUUAGAGACUUUGAGAGCGGCCUGGGAACAACACCUUACUCCCCUGCAAUUCCCAGAAUCCCUUGUGUGUCACCUGAAACAGUCAUGCUGGACCAGCACACCCCUGUCCCUCUGCCUAAGGAGUAUGACGAGGACUCACUGAUCCCCAGUAGUCCGGCCACAGAGACCUCAGACAACGUUAGUCCAGUGGCCAGUCCCAUCCACACUGGGUUCCUGGUGAGUUUUAUGGUGGACGCGCGGGGAGGUUCGAUGCGCGGUAGCAGGCACAACGGGCUGCGCGUGAUCAUUCCCCCCCGCACCUGCGCGGCCCCCACGCGCAUCACCUGCCGCCUGGUCAAACCUCAGAAACUCACCACCCCACCUCCGCUGGUCGAGGGGGAGGGACUCGCCAGCCGCAUCAUCUCUUUGGGACCCUCCAGCAUGCAGUUCCUUGGGCCUGUGAUAGUAGAGAUUCCCCAUUUUGCGUCACUGGGCCGUGGGGAUCGGGAGCUGGUGGUACUGCGGAGUGAAAAUGGGUCGGUCUGGAAGGAGCAUCGCAAUCGGUACGGGGAUGACGUGCUAGAGACCAUACUGAACGGCAUGGACGAAGAUCUAGAAAGUCAGGAGGAGUUAGACAAGAAGAGAAUUCGACGAAUCAUCUCCACAGAUUUCCCCCUGUAUUUUGCUGUGGUGUCGCGUGUCCAGCAAGAGAGCGACCUGAUUGGUCCAGAGGGUGGUCAGCUGACCAGUAAGCUGGUCCCUCAAGUGCAGGCUAUCUUCCCAGAGACUGCAGUCACCAAAAGAGUUCGACUAGGAUUACAGGCUCAGCCAAUUCCUGAUGAGUUGCUGACUCGACAGCUGGGGAACCAGGCCACCUUCAGCCCUGUGGUGACUGUAGAGCCGCGCAGACGCAAGUUCCAUCGGCCUAUUGGCCUUCGCAUCCCCCUGCCCCCCUCCUGGAGGGAGAGUCCACGAGAUGCUGGCGAGGGGGACACUACCAGCCUGCGCCUCCUCUGCAGUGUCAUUGGUGGCACAGCCCCUGCCCAGUGGGAAGACAUCACUGGCACCACCAAGCUCAUGUAUGCCAACAACUGCGCCAACUUCACCACCAAUGUGUCUGCAAGGUUCUGGCUAGCAGAUUGCCCUCGGACGGCGGAGGCCGUGACCUUUGCCAACCUGCUGUACCGCGAGCUGAUGGCCGUACCGUACAUGGCCAAGUUUGUGGUCUUUGCCAAGAUGAACGAGGCACGAGAAGGUCGACUUCGCUGCUACUGUAUGACUGACGACAAGAUGGAUAAAACCCUGGAACUGCACGAAAACUUCACCGAAGUAGCCCGAAGCAGAGAUAUUGAGGUAAUGGAGGGUAUGCCACUGCACCUGGAAUGUUCCGGAAACCUUGUUCCAGUUAGGAAGGCCACACAACAACCUCGCAGUUUCAGUUUCCAGGCCUUCAGAGAUAACCGACUUCCCGUCACUGUGAAGGUGAGAGACAGCAAUAAGGACGCCACUGGAUUCCUGUCCUUCCUCCGCAAGUCCACAAAAUAUGAGGACACGCAGCAUGUGCUGUGCAACCUCAACAUCGUCAUGCCUCCCUGUGUUAAGGUUGUGGGGAGCGAGGAGCGCCGGAGAACUCUGACCCCGCUGGCUCUGAGGGAGAGGUACAGCGCCCUCAGCGAGCCCGGCCCAGCCACAGUGAAUGCCAUGGAGAGAACGGAGCUCAAAAUCUCACUGAUUGCUGAACAGUUAGGACUGAGCUGGGCAGAACUGGCUCGGGAACUGCAGUUUGGAGUGGAUGACAUUAACAGGAUCAGAGUCGAGAACCCUAAUUCUCUCCUGGACCAGAGUUCAGCUCUUCUCAACCUGUGGGCCGGCCGGGAAGGCAAGAGAGCCAAAAUGGAGUGUCUGUACGGAGCUCUGAAAAACAUUGACCGGUCGGACAUUGUGAAGUCCCUGGAGGUCCAGGCUCCGCAGGCCGUACCUGAGACUGUGGAGGAGGGAGCGUGUCGAGACUCUACGCUGCUGUCUCCCAGCGUCAUUAAUGGUUACGGACUGGUUCAGGAGGAGCUCCUCUCUCCAGCCUCAAUGCAGUACAGUCUACCGUCCCCACUGGGUGUGGAGCCCUAUUGGCAGGAGGUGUCAAGCCUUGAGUGUGCUCCCAUUGCCACCACCGAGGAGGAUACGAUGAUGGAGAUGUCGGAUGUGCAGGUAUGGCCGGCAGGGGUGAGUCCCUCCCUGGUGACGGUGGAGGACUCGUCUCUAGAGGGCAGCAGUCGCGCCGACGAUUCAGAGGGCAACACGCUGAGCCUGCCCUGUAGCAGUUUGGGGCGACCCAGCAGUGGUGCAAGUGGGGCCAGUGGCUCUAUUAUGGAGCUGGAGGAAGAGGAAGAGGAGGAGGAGGUGGAUGAAGACAACACGCAGCACGAGCCUGUCUCCUCUGGCUCGGACAGGGCUCGAGCCAGUGGCGCUGUCCCAAAGGUCAACUACAACGGGCAGGUUGGAGGUCAGAGGUCGGAGGGCAGGAGGUCAGAGUUGGCGGCAGGCGGCAGCUUGACAGGUGGAGCUAGAGGAGGAGUAGGAGGAGCAGGAGGUGGUGGAAUUAUGGCAAGUUCAGAGGAAAAGCUUUCUGUUCUUACAGGGCAGCAGAUUUACGCCCAGCUGUGCGAGAGGACUGGACUAACCCGGGCCUCAGAGCACAACGGAGACAGGCUAGGGGGAGGUGCCUUCCAGCCCUAUGUACAGGAGAAGGAGGCCUUUAAAGACUCCAUUCACAGCUGGUCCCAGCACAAACCCAGACAAGCCGUGGAAUCCACAAUGCCAUCGCCUAGAGACCACAGCCAAUCACGCGUCUCCCAGGAGGCCCUGAUGAUGCCGGUAUGUGACACAGGCCAUUCAGAGGUCCUGCGGGGUCGUCUGCUGGGCACACAGCCCUUUGAGAAGGGACUGGGUUUCUCCCACCAGGAGGAGGAGUUACGGGCAUGGGACCAUGAGAGACGAAAGGCACAGAGAGAAGAUCCGGUCGAAUUCAUGGGUGAACAUCCAAGUGAAGAGCAGUUGACUGAUGAACACGGAAACAUUGCAAGAAAGGGCCAAACAUCCACUGCCAAACCAUCCUUCACCAACACACAAAAGGGAGACAGAGCAAGACAAGGAGCAAGAGAGAGAAGAGGAGGCGACGAUAAGAAAACCACAAAAUGA